GCAGGUGUAUCUUUCGGCGCCCUCCAACUUGCCGCGACUAACAAUGCGUUCCUGCCGUCGCUCCUGCGCACUCGCAAGGAGGAGACCCGGAGAGCUGUGCGGCUAGAAGGAGGAGGGAGGGAAAUAGGAAAGGGGGAAAGAGAGAGUGAGAGAGGAUCGCCUCCUCCCGCCGCGUACCAGCAAGCGGAGUGCAUUCACUGUUGUCCUGCUGCAAGAAGUACCGCUGAGAGCCUCUUCCUUCGACUUCGUUUUUUGUCUUGACACAACAGUCCAGAAACGAGAGCAACUAGGCGGGGCGUGGGGUUGGUGCUCGGCUGGAUUCGUUCGGUGUCUCCUUGAGAGCAGGUAACCUGACAAGCAAAGGAAGACUGCUGGGAAGGAAUGGGAAUUUUGGCAGGUGCGGCUUGUGCACUUGAGGGGCAGGAGCUGGAAUGUGUGCUGCCUUCUUUGCAAGUUAUUAAGAAGCAAGAGGUUCAGAAGGGCAAAGCUGAAGGAUGCCGUCUGAGGUGUGCCUCAGUUUUCAAGAUAUGCUGACGGGCCAGAGGCUUUGCCAGUCCAGUUCUCAUAAUGAUACUGUCUUGGCUGCUCUGAACCAACAAAGAAGUGACAGGAUACUCUGUGAUAUAACUUUAAUAGCAGAAGAGCAGAAAUUCCAUGCUCACAAGGCAGUCCUAGCAGCAUGCAGUGACUACUUCAGAGCAAUGUUCAGCCUUUGUAUGAUUGAAAGUGGCGCAGAUGAGGUGAAUUUACAUGGCAUCACAAGCAUAGGUUUAAAGCAAGCUCUGGACUUCGCAUACACUGGACAGGUACUCUUGGAACCAGGUGUGAUCCAGGAUGUGCUUGCUGCAGGGAGUCAUCUGCAGUUGCUGGAAAUGCUUAGGUUAUGUUCUCACUAUCUUAUCCAGGAAUUAAAUAGCUUUAAUUACUUGGACCUAUAUAAACUUGCUGACCUAUUUAACCUCACUUUGCUGGAAAAGGCGGUAGUUGACUUUUUAGUGAAACACCUCUCUGAGCUACAGAAGAGCCACCCUGAAGAAGUCCUGGCGCUACCCUACUGCCUCCUCCGAGAGGUCUUGAAGAGUGACCGACUCACGUCACUGAGUGAAGAACAAAUCUGGCAGCUAGCUGUAAGGUGGUUAGAACACAAUUGUCGUUUUCAAUACGUGGAUGAACUUCUCCAGCAUGUUCGAUUUGGGCUUAUGGACAUGGAUACUUUGCAUACAGUAGCCCUCUCUCACCCUCUUGUCCAAGCUAGUGAAACUGCAACAGCGCUUAUCAACGAGGCCUUGGUGUAUCACCAGAGUAUCUAUGCACAGCCAGUUUGGCAGACCCGAAGGACAAAACCUCGCUUCCAGUCGGACACUCUUUAUAUCAUUGGUGGGAAAAAACGGGAGAUAUGCAAAGUUAAAGAACUCCGAUACUUCAAUCCUGUAGACCAGGAGAAUGUUUAUAUAGCGGGGAUUGCAAACUGGAGUGAAUUGGCUCCCAUGACGGUAGGAAGAAGCCACCACUGUGUUGCUGUAAUGGGAGAUUUCCUUUUUGUAGCAGGUGGUGAAGUAGAGCAUGCUACUGGCCGCACUUGUGCAGUUCGGACUGCUUGUAGAUAUGACCCUCGUAAUAAUUCUUGGGCUGAAAUAGGUCCAAUGAAGAACUGCCGGGAACAUUUUGUGUUGGGAGCUGUGGAUGAAUACCUCUAUGCAGUAGGAGGCAGAAAUGAACUGCGUCAGGUUUUGCCUACAGUUGAGCGCUACUGCCCCAAGAAGAACAAAUGGACUUUUGUUCAGUCCUUUGACAGAUCCCUUUCCUGUCAUGCAGGAUAUGUUGUGGAUGGUCUUCUUUGGAUAUCAGGAGGAGUAACAAACACAGCACAAUAUCAGAACCGGCUGAUGGUGUAUGAUCCUACACAAAAUAAAUGGCUUAGCCGCAGCCCCAUGUUACAGAGAAGAGUCUACCAUUCCAUGGCAGCUGCUCAAAGGAAGCUGUAUGUUUUAGGAGGCAAUGACCUGGAUUAUAACAAUGAUAGGAUUCUUGUCCGCCAUAUAGACUCCUACAAUAUAGACACUGACCAGUGGACACGCUGCAGCUUCAGUCUAUUGACAGGCCAAAAUGAAUCAGGAGUUGCUGUCCACAAUGGCAGAAUAUAUUUAGUUGGUGGUUACUCAUUUUGGACAAAUGAACCCUCGGCAUGUAUCCAGGUGCUGGAUGUUAGUAAAGAAGGAAAAGAAGAAGUUUUCUAUGGGCCUACCUUGCCUUUUCCUUCUAAUGGAAUAGCAGCCUGCUUUCUUCCGGCACCCUACUCUAUGUGCCCAAACCUGCAGCCUUUGCAAGUGCCUCAUCACAAAAUAGGUACUAUGUGAAAAAGGAACAUGAAUGCCAAGAGGAUAAAGUUCAUUCAUCCUGAUUUCAUCUUUGAAUCUACCAAAAGGAAAGAAUUAUUGUGAAAUUCUUAUUGUAUUAAAUACAUUAGAAGCCAAAAAGAGUAUCAACAAAAGGCCCAGAAUUGCACCUGCACCUACACCUUCAAGAAGGAUGGGCAUCUUUGCUAAUUAUGAUUCUUCAUUAAGUAUUCUCAGAACAUUUUAUCCAGUUUAUCUGGCUUCUUGCUCAUAAGGAUCUGCCAGUUUAUUGAUUUCCCAAAGUGCUUUGCAAAAAAGAACGUGAUUAAGUCAACAAGGACAACAGAAUAUGACAUAUGCAAUUUAAUAUUUUUGGUAAAAGGGAUCCUUAAUUUAGUUUCACUUCACAGGUUGCUGCUUCUAGCAUUAGAUAUGGUCAAGGGAACCAAGAACAAAACCAUAUUUUAUCUAGACAUGUGCAAAAUUGAAUUCUGCUUUUCAUUUAAAACAGAAGUUCUCAAAAUGUGGGCUACAACUGCAGUGAGUUUGGACUUCAUUUUUUAAAAAAGCAGUUACUUUGAGUACUUGGUUUUGGAAAAUUCUUGGAAAAUAUGACGGCUGUGUAUUUCAGCACUUCUCAUCUGCAGUUGUAAGAAAGGUGCUCUCUUCGCCGCUGAACAACUGGAUGUUUCUCAUGCAUGCCUCUCAUGGGGGUGAGGAGGGCUAAAGACUGUAUUAAAAGUAAUGUAGUUGUACUACUUUAUACUGGAGAAAAGGGAGAUAAGUGGUGCUAUGAACAGAAGGGGUUAUUGUAAAGCCUUGCUGCAGUGUUCAAGAUUGUUCCCUAUAGAAUUAGAUCAGAAGUUGCAACUUACACAUAAUGAAGCUUGUUGGUUAAUUUUGAGUUUGUCUGUCUUUGUAUCCAAAGACACUUGGGAGAAAGUUGAUUGUUUUAAUUCCAAUAUCGUUAUUUGGCAAACCUUCAAGAAGAAUAAA